AUGUCCCCAAGGGUAAGCUCUUCACGCGAGAGUUCUCUGUACGAACAGAAGCUCCUCUCCAUCAUUGACAACGUCAAGAAAAGCGACAACGGCAAGUUCUUCGCAUGGGAUGGCCAAGAAAUCCCUUGUCACACGGAUAUCCUCUCACAGUCUCCCCCUCUCCGUCUCCAUUGGCAAUUGGCAUGUUUGAUGUUUCAGCUUUGCAAUUAUGCAGGCAACAACACGCACAGAGUCUUCCUCCUCCUUGUCUUCCUCCCCCAUGCAACCUUCUCCGCAACCGCCGGCGGGGGGUGCAACCGGCAGUGCGGCAGCACCUUGGUGCCGUACCCUUUCGGCUUCUCCGGCGACUGCCCCAUCCUCCUGGGCUGCAACGCCUCCGCGUCCACGGCGCUCCUCCUGACGAACAGCCCCGCGGCGUCGCCGCCGUACCCGAUCCUCUCGUUCAACGGCACCGCCUCUACUUUUGUCGUCUCGCUGCCGACCUGGUGCACCCGCACCGUCAGCGAGGCCAGGGCGGCGCUCAACGCCAACGGCUCCGCCGGCUACGGCGUCACGAACCACACCGGGCUCUUCCUCAGCGGCGCCGGCUGCCGCACGACGCACGACGGGGCCGCCGCCGCCGCCAACUGCUCCGUCUCCGCGGACAUCAUGACAAGUGUGCUCCGCACGGCGGGGUGCGGCGACAACGACACCACCUUGGUGUGCGUGUCCUCCGCGCGGCCGGCCCCGAUCAGCCACGCGGCGGCGAGGGGUGAGGGCCAGUUUAUGCGCUGGGAUGAGGUGGACGCCGUUGGUUGCGAGGACGCGCUGGUGUCUGUGGUGUACACGGCGCAGAUGGUGCCGUCCGAGGAGUAUGGCGUGGCAGAGCUAGGAUGGUGGCUCAACGGGACGUGUGCCAAUGCCACCAACAGCGUCCAGUGCGCCCAGAACGCGACGUGCCAGGACGUGCAGACGCCGAACGGAGCGUGGGGUCACCGAUGCACAUGCGUGGACGGCAUAGCCGGCGAUGGGUUCGUUGCCGGCGACGGGUGCCACUACGAUCAAGCUGCCCCCGUCCACGGCAAGCUGGCGGUGAUCGCCGGCGUCGUUUCUGCCGCUUCCUUUGCGUUCUUGCUCUGCAUCGGUCUGUCGGGUUGGUUCUGCCUCCGGCAGCGGAAACGGCAAAAUCUCAUGGUCUGGGUCUGGGACUCGUACGGCGGCGGGACCAUCCUCGACGCGGCCGACGCGCGGCUCCGGGGCCAGUUCGACGGCCGGGAGAUGGCGUGCGCGAUGCUCGUCGGGCUCUGGUGCGCGCACCCGGACCGCGGACUGCGUCCCACCGUCAGGCAGGCCGUCAACGUGCUGCGGUUCGAGGGGCCACCGCCGACCCUCCCCGCGAAGAUGCCAGUUGCUACCUACGGACCGCCGGCCGAUCGUCCUGCCUCCACAACGUCGUCUAUGGAACCGGCGACGACCGUGAGCGGCGGUGAUGGCGUUGGCACAACGAAGCCGUCGGCCUUGUCAAGUUGA